AUGGCGUUCACAAUCAGGAGAACUCCAUUCACACCACGUCCAGAUGGUUUCAUUGACCAGGCCUUCCUCGAAGAUCUGUCCAAUCGCAUAGGAGAUGAUUGGAUACGAUUGGCUGAUUAUUUGAACGUUCGACGAAUCAGAAUCCAGGCUCUCAACAUAGACAGAGCCAAUAAAAAUCCAGCUAUGGACGUUUUGAUGACGUGGAUUAAAAGGAUGCCCAGAUCGGCCAAUAAGUUAUCGAUAUUAAUGGAAGCGCUAUCGUCGUGUGGUCGUCGAGACUUGAGCAACAUGCUGAUGGAGAGAAGGAAUGAUGAAAGGAAGAAGUCACCGCUCUAUAGUAAAGAAGCAAGAUUGGAACGAGCAAUAAGAACAAUCAGCGCUUACUCGCAUCUCAUUUACGAUUGGCAUCUGCUUUGCCAAAGAUUAAACAUAAGCGAUGACGUUAUUCAGAGUCUUCAGAACCGAUACAACAACACGAGUAAUAGAUGCCAUCGAGCCAUCACUUACUGGGCAGAGAUGUCUGGUGGUGGUUGUAGUGAUGACGUUGGCGACGAAGUGAUAUCAUUGAAAAAGAUUACCACCGAUGAGAAAGCCAAUUGA